AUGGGCAGCCAGCAACCACCAAGGGCGAUUGCCCCUAAACCAGGAGAUACCGUUUUUCGAACAGAUACCAGUUUCCACACUCGGCUGCAGAGGGCAUCCAGUGCUUGUAUAGAAUGCCGGAAACGAAAACAAAGAUGUGAUGGAGCUAGUCCAUGCUAUAUCUGCCGUCGCAGCGGGCAAGAUUGUGUGAUUGACGAAGAGAGCGAUGGGCGUCGCAAAAUCGCACUAAAGCGCAAGAUCGAUUCUCUGGAACAGGAUAACGAAAUGCUCCGCGGACUUAUUCAGACAAUACGCGAGGUUGAUGAAGAGAGCGCACUUGAAUAUUUCCGCUUGAUUCGGAGCAACUUGGCACUUGAAGACGUUCGUCAGCACUUCAAUGCAAAUAUUGUUGCCGACUCCGCAGGGGGAGAGGCGUUGACUUGCAUGGAGGUAGCCCAUGCAGAACGCCAGACCGCUGGAAGCAAAAGUUAUAUUGGCAAAACGAUGAAUGUUAUUCGAGCUCCGGCACAAUCCAUGGAUCCAGUGUCCGAUGAUAUUGGAUCUAUAGCGCAUCAUAUAUCACUAUAUCCUAUUUGUCUUGACGACAUCGAGACCGAUAGCCGGCGGAGAAUAUCCCUAAGCUGCAAGCUGAAAGCCUUGAAGAUUAUAGUUACCGAUAUUUUGGAGGCUCUGGGGAACAAGAAAAUGUCUCAGAGGCUUGUUGCUGCUAUGAGGAUCAAGGCAUUUUUGGAGCAUGUCCAACACCUUCUGCCGCGAGAUUCAAAUAAUGAAGAAACCAUCAGGGACUGCAUUGAACCGAGAAAGCUCUCAGCUUGA